UCAUAUAAUAAAAAUAGGCGCUUUUGGUGGAAUUAAAACGGCAGAAAGCUUAGAAACGCAGGGAAAAGUUAGAUACUUUAGUUGCUUUGCUUUCCUUCUCUCCCAUUCGCUUCGGAGCAAAGAAAAAUCACUCUCAAACCACCUCUCUUACUGGUAUUAAGAUUUAAGCUGGGUGAGGUAUGGCUUCGUCUCUGUUACUGGCGGUGGUGUUCGUGUUUGAUCUGAUUGCUUUCGGUCUCGCGGUUGCUGCAGAGCAGAGGAGGAAUACUGCCACGUUAGCUAAAGACACUGCAGGGAGAAACUACUGUCAAUAUGACUCAGACGUUGCAACCGGCCUAGGUGUGGGGUCCUUGUUUAUCCUAGUUGCCAGUCAAGUGAUCAUUAUGGUUGUAACUAAAUGCUUGUGCUGUGGGAAGGCCAUGAGACCCAGUGGAUCCAGAUCAUGGGCAAUUUGCUUGUUCAUCACUAGCUGGGUGACAUUUAUCAUAGCUGCUUCGUGCCUGCUAGCGGGUUCUGUGAGGAAUGCUUACCACACCAAGUAUCGUGACCUCAUGGGAGAGAGAGCCCCUUCAUGUCAGACACUGAGGAAGGGUGUGUUUGCAGCUGGAGCUGCCUUCAUUGUUUUCACAGGCAUAACCUCUGAGCUCUAUUAUGUUAGUUUUUCAAAAGCUAAUAAUGGUCCCCCUCCCUAUGCUCGAGACACUGGUGUUAGAAUGGGCAAUUUGUAGUGUGGGAAAAUCAAUUAUUUGCAUUAACUUGGCUACAGUGGAUGUGAAAACCUACUUGUAAUUACUAUUAUGUCAUGAAGCUUGGUUGAAAAUGACCCAUGUUUAAACUAUUUCCUUCCAUUUGACUUUUCAAUCAAGUGCAUGCCUCACACCCUCACACCACUGGGGAUGGAAACGGGAUGGGUAAAAGUUUUAAUAUUUUUUUUA